AUGUCACUUGUGUCUGACCAGGUGCGUCGUCUGGAUGCCUAUCUGGACCGGUUACCGGUAAUUUCAGAAGCGGCAUCAGAUGAUGGUCGCUCUGAUGUGGAGGAACGCGCGUUCGUGACGGCUGAUGUCUUCACUUCCCCGAGGUUGGAUGAGCUGCUUCGGAUUGUUCAAUCCCUAAGUGCAACCUCUGCCUCUGACUCCCUGCUUCCGCUUCAGCGUGUCAGAGCUCUCCUCACACAGAGUGGUUUGCCGUCAUUGCAGAAGCAAGCUAUCAAGCAGAUACACCAAGCAGGGCGGCCAGGACCAGGGACUAAGAGUGCCUACGAGGAUGAGAUUGAAUGGUUGCUGGUCACCAAGGCUACCGUCCACAUUUACGGUGCCAUUCUCAACGCCUUGCUGGACCAAAUUAUCCCCCUCAAUGACGAUCUUUGGUAUUGGUCUGAUGUAUUGAACUCGUACGCCUACAGCAGCCUCUAUACCGUCCAAACGUCGCCAGUUCGAUUUUGGGCAUGGACUCUGGACGUAUACAGCGCGAGCAAGGUCCGCCUACGGUCUCUAUCCGUCAGAGAUUCGCCUGCUGAGCUGGUCGACUCAACUGCCGCCGGAGUGUCACAGCAAUGGCGACAAUUUUAUGGCAUUGUUCGAGACAGCAUCCGAGAGCGGUCGUUUGCCAACAUCCAACGAAAAGUGCUUUCUCCUGUGGCAUUUUGCCGGUCAGAGGCUCGUCGCAAGCAGGCACAGCUUCGAAAGUUGCGAGAAAUCACAGCUAGCGGGCUGGGAGUCUUGAUGGAUGAAGGACUUCAAUUUGGUCACGAUGAUGACAAGGCUGAGCUACAAGACAACCAUGAUCUCAAGGGCGUGGUUGAACGUAGCGUUGCACUGAUGGACAUGGUUCUGAAGGAGGUCUGCACCCUGGAUGUCAACAUUCACGACUUUGAGGAUAAAGUCUUUGCUGGCGUUGAAGAGGACCCCGAAUUAUCCGUGCACUUGGAAGAAAGUGUCACGCCUGAUCGUCCAGCAGUGCUGUCUCGCCGGCUCUUACGCAUCAUAGACAAGACACUCCCGGAGCAUUUCAACAACAUGCGAAACCUGGCAAGGGAUAAUGGUAGGCCGACGCCACUCGUCAGAUACUGGCUUCCGACGGUGGUGGGCGUGCUCUCAUCUACUACUGUCUUGCGCAUCUUGGUCAAUCGCCAAGACGAAAUCAUCAACUGGAUUACGAACCUUGGCGGUACUAUCAGAGACUUUUGGUUCAACUGGGUUGUCCAGCCAACAACAAAGGUUAUCAAGACUAUUCGACAUGACUCGACGAGUGACAUUGCCAUCAUGAGCCGUGAUAGUCUCAAGGCUGAUCGUGAGAGCCUGGAACGAAUGGUUGUCGAUUUUGCCAAGGACAAGCCGCACUUUGCAUUUGAGGGCAACUCCUCCAUUACAGAAACACAACUUGCCGAGAUUAGAAACAGAGUUGCCGAAGGGGAUGUGACACCAGUAUUGCGGGCGUAUGAGCAAGACCUUCGCAGUCCAUUUGUGGGCGCAGUCCGCGGUGACCUCGUCCGUUCCUUGUUGAUUCAAGUGCAAAAGACAAAGGUAGACCUAGAGGUUGCCAUGACCGGUAUCGACUCCCUUCUGAAAAGUCAGGAGCUCGUGUUUGGGUUUGUUGGCUUGACUCCAGGAGUUCUUGUAUCAAUUGGUGUUUUACAGUAUCUACGCGGUAUUUUAGGUGGACGAAGCGGCUUGCGUCGAGACAAGAAGUCCGGCCGAGCUGUGCGAAUUCUCCGCAACAUUGACAGAAUCUUGUCGGAAGCGAGACCGACAGAAAACAAUGUGUUGUCAUACAAGGAUCACGGGUUGCUGCUAUGCGAAGUACAUGUGCUGCGCAGCUUUGCCAGCAACUUGAUGCCUCGGGAUGUUGAAAAGGAGUUUUUGGAAGAUCUUGACGACCUGGCAAACAUCAAGGGCAUCCAGGUGCAGACCAAAGCCCUGGAGCGCAUUCGAUGGGCUUAUGCCAGAUGGCUCAAAUGA